AUGACCGACGUAGAACAAGGACCACCAUCACCUACCCAAAAUGAAGUCUUGGCAGUUCAAGAGUCUCAAGCGGUCGAGAAAUCAAAGAAAAGAAAGCACGAUGGUAAUACACACACUACACUCGUUGAUAGACCUCGACGACAAGUGCACCCUGUUAUUCCUUACUCUCAAAUGGCGGAGGCCAAGUCACGUACAAGAAAACCCGUUGAAGUUGUACAAGGUGAAGGCUUCGUCUUGGGGACUCCGAUAGAUGAAAUGGUUUUCAAAGAAAAACUUGAAAAAUGGAAAAUAUCAGGGUUAAAAGACAUAAGCCUUAUGACACCUCCGGUCCUAAAGAUCGAAAAUCAAAAAAAUGCCAAGAAUAAAAAGACCAGUACCUCUAAAACCUCGAAGAAAUCCGCAACUGUAAGAAAAAAAACACCUAAGGACAUAUUCUUCAUCAAACAACGGGAAAUCUUUAAGGCAAAGGAAGGAAAUGAAUCUGCAUCUAGAUCCGAAGUCGAAAAACAGAUGACUGAGGCUUGGAAUGAUUUGUCAGAAAAGGAGAAGAAACCAUACAUCUCUCUAGCUGAGAACGCGAAUAA